AUACAUAUUGUGCUGUCUUGUUUCGUCAGUGAUGCAUAGUGAUCUUGCCUUUUUUCCUUACAGGGUACGGAUAUGUUUUCACUAUAUCUCUCGUAUAUGGCCCCGGGAUUAAUUUCAUAGCCCUAAUUUAUCACUUCGCAUUUCAUUAAGCCUACUUCAUUUUACUGAUAUCCUAAACGGAUGGAUGUCCAUUUCCACCGCCUACUUGCGUUUAUUUUAGCGAAUUGGAUCGCCACCGCAAUCUGAGUUGUGCCCUCUGCUCAAGGCAAUUCCCGUCAUGACCUGUCUAUUCUUUCAAAUUCGCUAAAUGGCAUUUUCCUUCGGUACUAGUGUUCUCAAAGAAGUUAGACAUAAUUCGUUUUCGAAUCCUUUUCAUCAAAUGAAGACUACUGUGGGGAUUUGAUUAGGUUCUUCACGCACUCUUCUGUGCCUUGCGUAAACCUCAAGACGCUUGCUUCAAAGGCCUGCUGAUGGGGGCGGGCAAGAGCAAGCCCAAGGAGCCAGGCCAGCGCUCACUGAGUCUCGAUGGCACCAUUGGCACGGGCUCGGACAGUGGGCACCACCACCACCUCAACUCGACCCAGCAGACCCAGACCCCCAACAGGAGUCCCGCCGUAGGGGGCGCCAGACAUAGCCACCACCCCGGGAAUGCUCCCACCAACACCCCUGAGCUGGCGCUGUUCGGUGGAGUAGACCACGCGGGCAGUAUCACCUCCCCUCACAGAGGACCACUGGCAGGAGGUGUCACUACAUUUGUGGCACUCUAUGACUAUGAAUCACGGACUGCCUCAGACCUGACCUUCAAGAAAGGCGAGCGGCUGCAGAUCAUCAACAACACGAGAAAGUACAGCUUCAGGGAAGGGGACUGGUGGCUGGCUCGGUCUCUGACUACCGGAGAAAGCGGUUACAUCCCCAGCAACUAUGUGGCUCCCUCUGACUCCAUUCAAGCAGAAGAGUGGUAUUUUGGGAAAAUAACUCGGCGCGACUCAGAGAGGCUCCUUUUGAGUUUACAGAACCGACGAGGCACCUUCCUGGUCCGAGAGAGCGAGACCACCAAGGGAGCCUACUGCCUGUCCGUGUUGGACUACGACAACACCAAAGGUCUCAAUGUCAAACAUUACAAGAUACGCAAGCUAGACAGCGGUGGUUUCUACAUCACCUCACGCACCCAGUUCAGCAGCCUGCAGCAGCUGGUCUACCACUAUCAUAAGCAUGCAGAUGGACUGUGCCACUGUCUGACAGAGGUGUGUCCGAUGCUGAAGCCUCAGACCCAGGGCCUGGCCCGCGACGCCUGGGAGAUAUCCCGGGAGUCCCUCCACCUCGACCUCAAACUGGGCCAGGGCUGCUUCGGAGAGGUCUGGAUGGGGACAUGGAAUGGUACAACGCGGGUGGCCAUCAAGACCCUGAAGACGGGUACCAUGUCCCCAGAGGCCUUCCUCCAGGAAGCCCAGGUCAUGAAGAAGCUGAGACACGAGAAACUGGUGCAGCUCUACGCCGUGGUGUCUGAGGAACCCAUCUACAUCGUCACCGAGUACAUGAGCCAAGGUAGCCUGUUGGACUUCCUGAAAGGUGACACGGGCAAGCUGCUACGUCUACCCCAGUUAGUGGAUAUGGCAUCUCAGAUUGCAGCAGGGAUGGCAUACGUAGAGAGAAUGAACUACGUCCACAGAGACCUCAGGGCUGCCAACAUCCUGGUCGGGGACAACCUGGCAUGUAAAGUGGCCGACUUCGGUUUGGCCCGCCUCAUAGAGGACAACGAGUACACUGCUAGACAGGGUGCCAAGUUCCCCAUUAAGUGGACCGCGCCAGAGGCUGCACUCUACGGACGCUUCACCAUCAAGUCAGAUGUCUGGUCAUUCGGGGUCCUGCUCACUGAACUGGCCACUAAAGGCAGAGUCCCAUAUCCAGGCAUGGUGAACCGGGAGGUGUUGGAUCAGGUGGAGCGUGGCUACCGGAUGCCCUGCCCUGCUGAGUGCCCAGCCUCCAUGCACGAGCUCAUGCUCACCUGCUGGAGGAAGGACGCAGAGGAGCGGCCCACCUUCGAGUACCUGCAGGGCUUCCUGGAGGACUACUUCACCUCCACUGAGCCCCAGUACCAGCCUGGGGAGAACCUAUAAGGCUCAGGGACAUCAGGGACAUUUGCCUGGAAUCCGUUCAAAGUUUUCCCAACGUGUGCACUUGUGCACUACCUGUCAAGCAUUGGAUUAGUGUAAGCAUUGGCUGUACUAGAGGAAGUCUCCCUCAUUGUUGAAAUCCGCCCUCAUUGUUGAAAUCCUCAAGGUUGAGUGUGCAAGUGCACACUUGCAAGUUUGGAGAAAUUAGAAGCAGCCAUAGCAUCUGACCUCUCCACCUCCUCUCCUCUUGCAGAGCGCUGCCAACGUGGCACCGGUGCCGAAGGAACAUCCGUCUGUUUUUCCUCUCUCUUGUGCAUACCAAAUGGCUCGCUAUUACCUACAUACAUGUAGUGCACUACUUUUGACCAGAGACCUAUGGGAAUAGGGUCAGAAACAGGACCCUAGGGCUCAGGUCAAAAAUUGUGCACUAUGUAGAGAAUAGGAAGCCAUUAGGGAUGUAACUUCUGUCUUUCUCUCUCCUCUCUCUCUCUCUCUCUCU